AUGUCUGUGGUGAUACUAAUCAUCAGCAUCUGCAACGUGCAGUUUUAUGCAGUUGUGCCAUCAAUCCCCUGCUCUCGAUUAGCACUGAUAGGAAAAGUCAUUCACCCUCAGCACCUUAUCCAUUCAGUUGCUCAUGCUACAAUGGGACUGCUGGUUGCUUGGUGUGCCUCACUUAUGACAAAAGGGAAAUUCCAGUUUCUUGCUGUGCCCUGCACACCUUCAGAAAGCCCAGAUGCUGCUGCUCCUCAGAGGUGCCUAAAUGAAUAUCAUCUCUUUUUUCUACUUUCUGGAACUUUUGUGGGAUACAGUUACAGUCUUUUGUAUCUUAUUAACAAUAUGAAUUAUUUGCCAUUCCCAAUCAUACAGCAAUACAAGUACUUGCGUUUCCGAAGAUCUUUGCCUCUCCUCAUUAAACAUAGUUGUGUGGAAUCUCUGUAUUUCAUUAGAAACUUCUGUGUCACAUACUACUUUUUUGGUUAUAUCCCAAAGGUUUGGCUAAGUACCACGAUGAAUCUUCAUAUAGACAGUAAAUUACAUCCUCUGGACACUCUGACUGGCUUGUUGGACAUCUCCUUGUUUUACCAUGCCUGGUUAUGUGGUGUGUUUCUUCUGGUUACCUGGUACAUGGCAUUGUUACUCUUCAAAAUCUAUGCUACAGAGACACAUCAUUUUCCCAUCCAGCCAACUUUUGCUGAGGAGACAGACCAGUGCCUGCCUAAAAUCUUAAACAGCAACCCUCCCCUCAUUAUAAAGUUUUUAGCCUUACAAGACUUGAUGUUACUUUCCCAAUAUUCUCCUGUUCGACGACAGGAAGUCUUUAGCCUUAGUCAGCCAGGUGGGCACCCACACAACUGGGCUGCAAUCUCAAGGGAGUGUUUGAGUCUUCUGAGUGAUCUAACCCAGAGGCUGAUCACAAAGCAGGAAGCUGCAGCAGCAAAUGGGAGAGCAAAGCAGCCAGCAGGAGAGCCAAAAGUGUCUCCACAGACUCCAGGAGCCAUCACGACAGAAGAUGUGUCUUUCCAGUCACAGAAGUCUACCAUUGUUCUCAGAGCCUCCAUGACUUCCCUGGUUAAAUCAUCCCUAACACCUUUAAAAACAUCACCUGGGUCUGAUGUUGGUUCACCUUUCAGCUCACCUGCUUUAAAUUCCAAGAUGGGAACUCUGGAUUCAAGUUCUCCUUGGCAUGGAUCAGUCCAAAUUCCUUAUUUUAGGAGAAGGGGACCAAAGCUGUGGACAACAGGCUCAGAUCUACGAAUGAAUGGUUCACACCCUGAAUCCUUCCCAGUGCUCUCUCCUGCCAGAGCUGGCAGUGAGGCAGCACAGCCAAGCUUUAUUUACACAUGGCUUCAAAGCAAGCAAGAACAGAUAAAAACCUUUUUGUCAAAAAGAGUGCUGAUAAUGUAUUUCUUCAGCAAGCACCCAGAAGCCUCAAUCCAGGCUGUGUUCUCUGAUGCCCAAAUGCACAUCUGGGCUUUGGAAGGUCUGUCUCAUUUGGUAGCAGCCUCCUUUACUGAAGACCAAUUUGGAGUUGUCCAAACUACACUGCCAGCUAUCCUGAAUACCUUACUGACUCUUCAGGAGGUUGUAGACAGAUAUUUCAAACUGCCUCAUGUUUCUAGCAAACCCCCCAAGAUCUCAGGGAGUCUGGUGGACACGUCCUACAAAACGCUGCGAUUUGCACUUAGAGCAUCUCUGAAAACAGCACUGUACAGGAUCACUACUGUCUUUGGAGAACACUUAAAUGCAGUGCAAGUGUCUACAGAACAUAAGAAAAGACUUCAGCAAUUCUUGGAAUACAAAGAAUAAGUAAGAUUUGGAUGCUGCUAUAUUUUUUUCCAACACUCUUGGUAAGAAGAAAGUGGGACUAAUGAGUCUUUUUAUCUUGGCCUUUUGGAAAAGCAUAUGGAAGUCCAAGUCACAGAAGAAAACUCUUAGAACUGUAGGACAGCUCUUCUGGGUUUGGAUCAUCUUUUGUGUAAUAAAAUUUUUGUAAAAUUAA